UCAAAGGCUUCGGCCACGGCUCCGGCUACGGCUACAUUAAUAAAGCACAUCCACUCUCAUUCACUACGUGCAACUUGAUCUUUGGUGGGGGUUCAGUUCUAGCAAAUCAUCUUGAAAUUGUUUACUCAAGAUGUCUUGUGUAAACUACUUUAAAAUGUCUAAUUAUUAUUAAAAAUUAAUGAACUCAAUUUCAACAUCAACACAAGAAUAAACAAACACAAAAAAUGUUGUCACGAAUGCGACAAAUUUGGUUGCUGGUUUUGCUAAUUGCAGUCGCACCAUUGCAAUCAAUGCCCAUCAGUCAGUGUGCCCCCUGGGAUACAGAUUGGGGCGAGAACAGGCAAUGGCCUUGGCCUAUGGCAACGUCAUACCCAACCGACAAUUUCGUUGACAACGGAAGCCUAUUGCCAAAAACUUCAGCAGUUGGGGAAAUGGCCAGCGAAUAUGAGGACAGCAAUUUCCCAGCAUUGAAUCGGCGUUGGCGUUUUUGGCAAAGGCAAAAUCUAAAGAAAUUGCAACUCGAACAAAUGUAUCAAUCUCCGGCUUCGACUAGAGUGAAACUCAAACGAACGCCCAUCCAAUGGCCACCCCAAAAUCUGGAAAAUGUACCAGAACCAGGGCAACCACGGUAUCCUUAUGCCUAUGUCUGGCCAAGUCAAUUGCGCACUCUAAAACGCAAACAAUUGGAUCCUAAGCGUCUUCGAUAUAGGCCCUCUAUUAGUGCUGGAGUCAUGACUAGUCUGGGAGACUUUUUCAAUCGGCUCGAGGAGAAUGUGCGCUUUGCCGAGCAGUCCCAGCUAAAUGAGGCUGACGCGCAAUUGCUUGAAGGCACACAUCCCCAUCAACAGGUUCCGGAUCCCACAGCGCAGCAAACAGAGGAGUCGGAACCACCCAAUUCCAAGUUAUUGCAAGCUGUACGCAUGGCAUAUCGACCAUCACAAAAGAUUCGGUCUUUGGUAUCACGAAAUCCCAAAGGAUAUCGCGGAUCGCAAUUCAUUGAUCCCAGUUAUAUGUGGCUGGGUUUAGGCAAAUGACAGUAAGAGUAAACGAUGCCUCUUGGUCUGGGUUACAACGAAUGCCUCAACUAAUCAUACAUAAUUGCCCCCUAUCCCAGAAACCCACCAAAUAAAUAUCCUAAAUUUCAAUUAUUGUAUGUAUGUAUGUAUGUGUGUAGUU